GCUUGGUGUGGUGAGCUUCUGCUGACACAUGCGCUGCAGACGAAAAAGUUGGUUGGAAUUCGCGCCGCAGUAAAUACACUGCCAAAGUGCCAAUAUGUCUGGAGAUGACGAGACACAAGAGCAGACCAUCGCUGAAGACUUGGUGGUUACCAAGUACAAGAUGGGAGCAGAGAUUGCUAAUCAGGCUCUGAAGACAAUAGCUGCAGCAGCCACUGCUGGGGCCUCCGUGCUCAGCCUGUGUGAGAAGGGAGAUGCGUUGAUUGUGGCAGAAACUGGUAAAGUUUUCAAAAAGGAAAAGGACAUGAAGAAAGGCAUUGCUUUUCCUACCUGCGUGUCAGUUAACAACUGCGUUUGCCAUUUCUCCCCUCUGAGAAGUGACUCUGAAGUCAUACUGAAAGAUGGAGAUCUUGUGAAGAUUGAUCUGGGUGUGCAUGUCGAUGGCUUCAUCUCAAACGUAGCUCACAGCUUUGUUGUUGGAGCAAACAAGGACAACCCUGUGACAGGGCGGAAAGCUGAUGUCAUCAAAGCAGCUUACCUCUGUUCAGAAGCUGCUCUUCGGCUUGUCAAGCCAGGGAACCAGAACACACAAGUCACAGAAGCGUGGAACAAGAUCGCCAAGUCUUUUAAGUGUUCCUCCAUUGAAGGCAUGCUGUCCCAUCAGCUUAAACAGCAUGUGAUCGAUGGGGAGAAAACCAUCAUUCAAAACCCCACGGACCAGCAGAGAAAAGACCACGAGAAGGCCGAGUUUGAAGUGCAUGAGGUGUAUGCAGUGGAUGUGCUCGUCAGCACUGGAGAGGGGAAGGCAAAGGAUUCCGGUCAAAGGAUCACAGUUUACAAACGAGACCCCAACAGGCAAUACGGCUUGAAGAUGAAGACAUCCCGUACGUUCUUCAGCGAGGUGGAGAGACGUUUCGACACAAUGCCUUUCACUCUGAGAGCAUUCGAGGAUGAAGGAAAGGCCAGACUUGGUGUGGUGGAGUGCGCCAAACAUGAGCUGCUGCAACCGUUCACUGUGCUGCAUGAGAAGGAGAGCGAGUUUGUGGCCCAGUUCAAGUUCACCGUGCUGCUCAUGGCUAACGGAUCACUGCGGAUCACCAGCUGCCUCUUUGAGCCCGAACUUUACAAGUCUGAGCACGAAGUGGAGGAUCCUGAGCUAAAAGCUUUGCUUCAGAGCUCGGCCAGCCGGAAGACUCAGAAGAAGAAGAAAAAGAAGGCUUCAAAGACUGUUGAGAAUGCAACGGGACAGGCGAUGGAGACUGAAGCUGCAGAAUAAAAUCUCAAUAAAUAGUGACAGAAAUUGGAUGACCCAAAGAGCAGAUGGCAUGAUUACCUUCUGUCCCGGCCUUCUAAGACGCUCGAGGGCACGGCCGCUGUGAACACCUCUGAAUUUAACAGAUUUCAGUCUGGGACCUGAAACACACAUGGCAUGGACCUCUUGCUCUGACAACAAACAUAUAUUUAGUAAAUUUAAAUUUCAUUGAGGUAACGUUUUGCUGCAGUUCUAUCAUGGAAGAGAUGUUUUGGGCCAGUCCACAUAAGAUCACGUUCCACUUGGUUUGAUUUGUUCUUUUCAGUUAGUGUCAUGAAAGACAUGGGAAAUGAAAUGAGUUUGAUAAAGCAGCGGAUGAAGAAUGCACAGUGCUGUGUCAUCAUGUCUUUUAGAGAAAUGUCUCUGUCAGACACCUGAAUCCACACCUUUGAAAGGAGUGUUAACUUUUUGUGGACAUGUCUGUCACUGUGACAUUAUUACCUGCUAGUACCAGUACUCUUGAAUAAACUUUAAACGCAGCAUUUAUAUUUACAGCCCGAGCAGUCUGUGCUUUAGUUGAUUCUUCCAGGAGUCCACAGUAGGUUAUGUGGAUAUCAAUUUCUAAAACUGACAUAAAGACAUUUCAUUUUUUCCCCUCUGUGGUGGACGGUCUGUACUCCUGCCAAGGUUUCAGCAUUCAGUCCUCUGGUGCCACAGAGUCAAUCUGUUGUACACAUAAGAUCAUAACGGUUAGAUCGAUAGAUGGAUGCUUUUGUUAAACAAGUCCCAGUUUCAGAGACUAUUUUUGGGAACAAUAAAUAACAUGCUAGUAUCA